AUGGAGGAUGACUGCCCGAAGGACCUUUCGAGAAAUCGAACAGAAUCGCAACGGAGUGAAAACUUUAGUGAAGAAUUUACAAUUUAUAAAAUUAAAAAUACGCUACGCACGUUAGACCAACCGAUUGGGCAAAAUGGCGGUGGGAAUUAUUUUUUGAAUUAUUACAACUGGGGUGAUGACAAUGAGGAGGGCAAACGUGAGGGGGGGUUCGGAUCCCCUUCGGAAGAGCCGCCACCUCCUUGGGAAGAGGUUCCAUCUCCGUGCCACAGCUUAUCAGACGGAGACGAGUUAAAAAGUAGUGAGCAGGGAAGCACCAAUAAGGGGAGCCCUUCAACGGUGAGCGGCGCGUCUAACGAUUUGGAAGCGGAAGGGCAAGGCGGCUAUGAAGGGGGUAGAAAUGCCGAAAAUCGAUAUAAUGCCGAACCGCUCACUGAGGAGCGCACCAGUUGUAGCAGCAUGAAUGGUGGUUGGAGCCCACGGAAGGGGAAGUGCAAAAAAAAAAACAGAGAUCUCCCCCUCGCAAGUGUAACCCCCAAUGUGGCGACUGUUCAACUUGUCCUAAAGGAAACGCUAACAUAUAAUGACGAAGUAAAAUACAAAUUAAACCUGCAAGAAUUUUAUGAUUUCUUUUCCAGAAUUGAAGAGGCCAGCGUUGUGGGGAUAAUUCCCACGACGGAUUCCAAAGAGGAGGAAAAAGAUGCCGACCUGAUCGCCACCCAUUUUGUCAAUCUCGUCUGCCAUCAGAAGAGUGAACAGGUUGAGUUAAACGAUUUCACCAAAAAUUAUUUAAAAAAUAAAAUGCUCUUCAAAAAAGCAGAAAAAGGAAAAACGGAAAAACGAUGCAAAUACUAUUAUGGCUUGUUAGCAAUUGAGAAACUAAAUUUUCUAAUCAACGGGGGCGGAAAAAUAUAUGACGAAAAUAAUGACUUAGUAAAUCUGCACUGUUUAGAACACGUCUUCCCAUCGCAUGUCAAGUGGGAACCCUCCCGGUUUAUUUACGUUCAUAUGCUAUUUGCCUACAAUUUUAUUUUUUUUAAAAAUGAAAGGAUUUUAUUCCUCGCAGUCGAUUCGUGCAACGUGAUCGGAAGGGAAAACUUAACCACGUCGUGCCAUUUCGGAUUGGGGAAGUACCACUAUGGGUCUUCUUCCAAAAAAGGGGAGGCCCAAAGUUUGACAAACUAUUUUCAUCAGUUUGUUCAUUCCUCCAAUAGGUUUUACGAGAGGACGAUGGGGCUGGAAGUGGCCUUAGACGGGCAGAAUAAAGGCCGAGGGGAAGUUCCUACAGGGGGAACACCAGGGAGGGGUGCAGACAAAGGGGAGAAAGAAGAGAGCGAAGAAAGUGGGGGGAAGUCCCACACGGCUUGCCCCUCCAUAAGGAAAUUAUAUAACGAGUUGCACACGUUGCGCGGUGGAAAGUGGGACAAAGAAGCGAAGUGGGUGGAGACGCGAGUGGAGAUGCUGAUGAAGACGCGAAUGGGAAAGGACUGCAAGUCGCCCCAUGAUGAGGACCCCCAUUUGGGCAUCCCCCCAGAAGAGGCGCAUAAACCGUACGGCCUUUUCCUGCACCACGCGAAAGAAAGAAAGACAAACGAGAGAGGAAUCUUCAACAUGAGGGAAAUAAAAAACGAAAGGAACUACGCAGUUUAUAAAAUAUACGCCUUUUUAUUUCUCCUGUGUGAUGUAAUUUUCUACGUCCAGAAAACGGAGGUGUCUUUUCACACUAAACCCAUGGCGGAGCUCCACUUCGUCUACGUGGACAACGACACGAGGGACGUUAUGCGCAAGUAUAACCACUACGCCAGUUUAGUAAAGGGAAAUAAAAGCAGAGAGAAAUGCAGGAACGGGCAAAAAGGUGAUAACGGACGAUUGGGCGAAGGGGAGAACAAUCAGAAGGGGCAGAAAAAAGAAGAGGGAAAAAAGAAUGGAAAAGGAAAUGUGCGAAUGGAAUAUAUCUAUAGGGAGGGAGAGUCUGACAGCUCGCACAACUCUCACAGCUCUAACAGCUCGGACGCAUUAUGCACCUCCCAUGUGAGGGACUACUACGGUGAAGAGUGCGAACGGAAGCUACUCAGUUAUGCCUACAGCCAUUACGGCAUGGUGGAAGAAAUUGAGUUGCGAAAAAUGGAAAAGCUGAUACAGAAAAAUAUUAUGAAGAGGGUUUACCCAAGUGGUGCAAGAGGAGGAGCGGUAGGGGGAGUUGGAGCGGUAGGGGGAGUUGGAGCGGUAGGAGGAGUUGGAGCGGUAGGAGCAACGGGGGGCUGCCUCCCCAACUGCUCCGUCCUCAUCGUGCUGAACACCCCCCUUGAGAAAACGAAUUGGUAUGAGUAUCAGGAGCAGGAAAGCAACUCCAAGCUGGAAUAUUUCCCCUUUUUUAAAUACAACAUUUGUAAAUAUGCAAAGAAAAGGGGAAAGCAAAAGGAGCCCAACUUGAGGCAGCAACUUCGUCCAAACAGCAACGUUAAGUCUUCCCCCUUUGAGAAAAAAACUUCAUCGGCGUCCCUAUAUAAUGAUCUUUUCAGCAGCAUAUGCAACGAUGAGCACUUUGAUGUGUCCAAUUUUAAUUAUGCGCACCCAGCGUUUUCUCUGGAUUUGUUUCGGAAAAGGGUUUCCCGUUUGGUAUACAAGCAGGGGGGGUCUGGGCUGGAGGCGAGCCAGGGGAAGGGGGGCACACAAAUGGGCUUACAAAUGGGCUUGCAAAUGGCGGAGCCCUCCCUGAGCAGUUCCGAAAGCAUCAGUUACGGCGAACCCCCCCGCAGUAAUUUCCUCCCCAGGUGGAUUCUCCCGCUGCUCCAUGCCAACAGCGCAAUAAACAAUUUGGUGAGAUACAUAUCUACAUAUGACAUUUUUUACAAGUGCAAAAAGUGGAACAGCAGUAGGUUUGGCGUGGGCCCCGCCUCCAUCAGUAGGACCCUCUCCUCCGUCAACAUCGAGCACCUGCUUAAUCAUGACGAAAGGGAGUCUGCGCAAAAUGGAGAGGCAUCCACGGCGAAUAACUACACAAAGGGUAGCACCAGAAGUGAGGGAUCUUCCAGCGAGGAGAGCUCUCAGGGAGACACGGAAAAGGGAGUAGACCCCCGCACAGAGGAAACACAAAAAGGAAACAAAAAACAGUCUACGGAGCCACAACUAAUGGAUGAAAAAAAGGCACACCAGGAUGAGAACAAACGAAGCGAUCUAUCAGGUGACCAUUUCAGUCCAAGUGGAGACCAUCAUUUUGAGACAAACGAAUCGAACAUGAUGUAUACGCCCCAGCGUGAAGGAAGAAAUACCCACGAAGAGAACGAAAAGCGCUUCUCACCUUUGCAUAGGGAGCAAACCCACACAAGCGGUAAAAUCAGCAGCUUACGUAAUUAUCUACAAAAUGGUGCGCACGUGGGGGGAGACCACGCUAAAGAGGGAGGGGUAGAGCCAAACGUCAAUCCGAGCAGCAGCAAUACUCACCAGUUUAUACUCCCAUUGGAUGUGGACUACUACUUAACGAUCGAAUGCAUCGAUCACAUCACGCAGCAAUGUCACACUAAUCUCCCGAAUUCGUUGCAAAAACAUCCCCUGGUGGUGAAUCUACUUGACCUGAUAGAGACGUUUCUUCUGUUUCUCAUGAAUAAAGGGUUCUACAUUCUACAGGAAACUGAAGAGUUUCACAAAACGGUUAACUAUUUCCACCCGUUUUUUCUCAUCUCGUUAGGUGAAGCGGAACAAGUGGGGCAGGGGCCACACCGAUGGAUGGCAGAGCAAGAAGGGGUGCGGAAAAAUAUGCUCAUUUGUCUCUUCAUGGAGCGCGCUCUGCUGAGGAAGGGGCAGCAGGGUGAUUACAAAUUUAGGGAGUAUUACCUAUUCAUGAAAUGGGCACAGCGCAAGGUGGGAAGGGAGGACGCAGGGGGGGGCUCCGAGGGGAGUGACUUCGCGGAAAACGAUGCCGUGGAGAGUGAUACCAGGCAUGGUGACCUCCGCAGUGGAGACAAUACAAACCAGUUAGAAGGCGAUAAUAAUGAUCCGGCGGAGGGGAAAAAAACAAAAAAAGAAAAAAUAUCUGCACCAAGGGGAAGAAGCCCUCUCCACGAGUGCCUCCCCCACGUUGGGGAAAAUUUCACGAACGUGUGCGAAAGUGUGCCAAACGUAAACUGCCGAGAAGACCUCAAACUGUUGAAAAAGAAGUCGGGCAAAUUUUUUGCACACGUGGAAACGCAAAAAUAUAAUUUUAGGAACGAUCGCAUGUACAGAAAUUUUGUAAAUUUAGAAUUAAAAAGGAAAUACAGCAACGCAGUUAUUUUAAAAAUGAGUGGCGAUUUUUCUCUGUACUUGAGCGGGGCAGAUUUGUGUAGUGUGCACCGCCAAAGACGGUCUCAUUAUUUAUUUAAAAAUUUUGUUGCCACGUAUGACGGCUUGUUCCUUUACCAAGUUAGGGACAGCCCCCAUUUGUUUCUCUUCCUUAACGUAGAAUACGAGUGUUUUUAUGGCUGCCGCUUCUUCAGAAGUGUGGACUGCCAGACGGGUUAUUCGCAGACGGUGGAGGGGGUCAAUGCGGGGAGGAGCAGCACUAGCGGUGGGGGCAGCACUAACAGUAGUGCUAACAGCAGCGGCAGUGUCCGCAGCCGCGGUGACGAUUCCUCAGCACAGCUCAAGGGGAAUGGCGCCGCGAAACUCACGCAGGCAAAAAAAGACGCACGCUUUAGGCCCAAGGUGCUCAUCAAGGCGGAGGCCACAAAAGGCAACUCGCACAACUCCCCGAAAGAGGACCCAGACAAUGGAAGGAGGCAACAAAACAAGGGGGACGAAAGAAACGGGUCAGCACAAUUUUCCGCUAACCAUGAUGAUGCUACGAAUAGGGAACGGUACAAUGUCACCGAAUUUAUGGGUAACAACGUGCUGAUUAAAUCGAUGCCCUUUUUUGAGAGUUGUCCAAUGCAUUUAGCUAGCACGAAUGCGCAAGGGAACGAAGCUGAAAACACGUUUGCACGUACGAGUGUGAGGGCUACCCCGAAUCGGUAUGAAGACGCUUGCGCCUAUGCUAACGCCAGAGCGCGGGCAAACGAAACCCAUUUUGCACAACGGAGGGGUGCGAAAUUGUCGCGAAUUUGGGUGUACACCCCUGUGAUGAAAAGCGUGCGGUGGAGGGCCAAAAUAUGCAUCCCCUUACCGCUAACACAGCUUUACAAAAUGAAGAAAAAACUUGAAAAGGACGAAUAUUUUGAAUUUAAAAAAAUGGACCAAGUGAAGGAGGACAUUUUUGUCUACAUGUUCCUAACGCAUAGUGAAAUUUUAAUUCCCCAACAUACCUUGGCACUGUUGACGUACCCCUCCUUUUUUUUUAUAUGUUCGAAAAGGCUGCUGUGCGAAGUUAAUGGUAUAUUAAGGCAGCACGAAAAAAGAAACGCAGAAUUUCUUCAGCUUAAGAAGAGGAACUUACUCCAGUGCAAUCCUUUGGAAAAAAAACACUCCUACGAAUUUUCCAUUCACCUUGAUAUUUUGGGGACUUCAUAUGGCUCCCCAGAAAAUAAAAGCGUCCUAAGCGAGUGUAAGCACGAUGAUCCGUUGUCACCAGAACAGGGAGAUAGUGAAGCGGUGGAAAAACCACUGGGGAGUGCCGAAAAGGAAACGCAUCACCCCACCAACUGUAAUAAUCGCUCGAAGCAGAAGUAUGUCAUCCUGCCACUUGAGCAUUUUUACCCCUCCGCGGAGUUAAGUAAUUACAGAAUUAGCAUUGAUUUUACGCACCUGGAGAGUUGA